ACUGCCAUCCCCCAGUCCAAACCGGGUAGCCAAUCGCCUUGGAAUGCCGAAAGAACGCACAGACGGAAACUUAACAGCGUUAGACUUAUCAGUGCCUGGUGGUUAAAACAGAAAGAAAAAAAGCAAGAAAAUCAGAUUUGCUGAGUGCGUUGUCACGUUAUAAACAAUGUCGUGACAAUAUCAGGAAAUCAGCGGCAAGAAUUUAACACUCAACUGCGGACGGCGAAUUUGUGAAUGAUUCUUGGAAAUUUGUGUCGGGAGUCGGGUCGGUGGGAAUGAUGCUCUGGACGGAUUGGUUGGCUCACACAGUUCUUUCUCUCCCCGAAACGGCAUUUUAUCGCACCCCGGAGCUCUGAACACCUGGGCAGGGCGGCAAAGAACCUUGAAGGAAAGUUGUGAGGGUGGCGUUGCGGCACUGCACCAGCGACAACAUGCGGAGUAACAUGGACAGAAAUUGACGGCAAAACGAGACAACUGUGACUGAGAAGCUGCAGAUCCCUUCCAUCAUUGUCAUAGCAGCCCUGAUAAGAAGAUGGAGCCCCUAGGCCGGGUGGAAUGGACGCCCUUUCCCAACGACCUCAACCAUUCAGCCGCAGCACCCAACAGCUCUGUUAACGUGUCCAGCCAGAGCAUGCCUUUCCAGGGGGAGAGCACCAUGGUAACGGCUGUCAUCUCGCUCACCGUCUUCAUCAUCGGACUGACGGGCAACACGCUGGCCAUCUACGUAGUCCUGCGCUACGCCAAGAUGAAGACCGUCACCAACAUCUACAUCCUCAACCUGGCGGUGGCCGACGAGCUGUACAUCCUGGGCCUGCCCUUCCUCACCACACAGAACGUGCUCUCCUACUGGCCCUUCGGCUCCUUCCUCUGCCGCGUGGUGAUGACCGCCGACUCCAUCAACCAGUUCACCAGCAUCUUCUGCCUGACGGUCAUGAGCAUCGACCGUUACCUGGCCGUGGUCCACCCCAUCAGGAGCACCAAGUGGCGGCGGCCCCGGGUGGCCAAGAUGAUCAACGCGACCGUGUGGUCGCUGUCCUUCGUGGUGGUGCUGCCGGUCAUCAUCUUCUCCGACGUGCAGGACCAGUUCAACACCUGCAACAUGAACUGGCCGGAGCCCAAGGCCGCCUGGUCCACCGCCUUCAUCCUCUACACGGCCAUCCUGGGCUUCUUCGGGCCGCUGCUGGUCAUCUGCCUGUGCUACCUGCUCAUCGUGGUGCGGGUCAAGUCGGCGGGCGUGCGUGCGGGCUUCACCAAGCGGCGCAAGUCGGAGCGCAAGGUGACGCGCAUGGUGGUGAUCAUCGUGGUGGUCUUCGUCCUCUGCUGGCUUCCCUUCUUCAUCAUCAACAUGGUCAACCUGGUCUUCAUCCUGCCCGAGAACAGCCUGAUGGCCGGCGUCUACUUCUUCGCCGUCAUCCUGUCGUACGUCAACAGCUGCGCCAACCCGCUCCUGUACGGCUUCCUCUCCGACAACUUCAAGCAGAGCUUCCGGAAGGUUCUCUGCAUCCACAAGGCCAACGGCGUGGAGGACGGGGACCCCAGCGUGCCCCGCACCGAGAAGACGACCACGCACGACACGUUCCUCUCCCCGAGGAAUCACGACUACAAUGGGCCCGUGCAGAACAGCCAGGGCAUCCAGUUGGAACCUUGUGGUAACUCCAAGGAGGAACUUCAGCCUUCAGUGCCCACUGUGAUUGGUCAAUCCACACUAUAAGCACUGCCCUCUCUUUGUUUCUCUCUCUCUCUCUCUCUCUCUCUCUUUCACCGCACACCAAAGGUAUGGUCACACACCCCAGCACCACAGUCUCAUUCUGCUGACCUCCAUCUGCACACUGAGCCCCUACCAGCAGCCACUCUCUCCUCACCACUCAGCUAUGACCUCUGACCCCUUCCGCCAACGUCAAACAGGAAGUGCACACACUGCAUUGCCUGCUCCUUGCCCCUUCCUCCACGCUUUGCUUUCGAUCCCAGACCAAGCUUCCACACACUGACUGCCCUGAAGAGAAAUUAAAAAAUGAAGUUGGAUGAGUGAGCCUUCUUUACUGGAAGCGAUUAAAAUGUCUUUGGAAAAACAAGAAAAAAAGAAAAAAAAGGUAAAAUGACUGUAUAUAUGUUGACACAGACACAGUCACAAGUACACUGCAUUUACUUGUGGGUCAGAGUCACAUCCAUUAAAGCUUUACUGAGGCUUGUGUAGUUUUGUCCUCCCUGUUGCUUUCAACCAAAACAACACAAAUGUGUCAAUACAAUUAAGUGUCCCAAUAUGUCAAAGCAAAUUCAUGUGCACCUCCAAAAUCAGUCUGUGAGAAAGGGCCUUUUAUAUUUAGGCUUAUUUACUCAGCUAUUCCUAAUCAGGAGCUGGAAAUUCAACAGAGCGUGUCUAUUCUGUAUGGAUGUUCACUUCAAUCUUUCUUCUGAUUGACAGACAUCUUCAUGGUCACAUUGCUGAUCGGUAAAAGUAAAAUUACAUUAUAAAAAUGGUCUCCAAAUUACCAAUAUCCAAAUACUCCUGUUGUGGAAAAUAGUGUAGUCCCAUUG